AUGAAAGAGAAACUGUCAGGCGCUCGUUUCAGAUGGUUGAAUGAAAAAUUGUAUACAACCAAGGGCGAUGAAGCUUAUGGUCUUUUCCAAGAGAAACCAGAGCUCUUUGACGAGUACCACGAAGGAUUCCGUCAUCAGGUCGAAUCUUGGCCUGUUAACCCUGUCGAUGUUAUUAUCGAUCAAUUGCGUGGAUUGCCUGCUGGUACCGUUGUAGCUGAUUUGGGCUGCGGUGAUGCCAAGAUUGGACAUGUCUUGACUGAGCAAAAGGUGUUGAGUUUCGAUUUGAUUGCCAAGAAUGACAAAGUUAUUGCGUGCGAUAUCUCAAAGCUACCAUUGCCAGCAAACUUUGUCGAUGUCGUGGUAUUCUCUCUGUCCUUAAUGGGCACCAAUUAUCUCGAUUUCCUUAAAGAAGCUCACCGUGUCCUCAAACUCGGUGGCGAACUCAAGAUUGCCGAAGUUGUCAGUAGAUUUAGUGACUUGGAUUCAUUUAUUGACUUGUUGGAGAACCUCGGAUUUGAGUUUAUUGGAAAGGAGGACGAUAACAAGAUGUUUGUGAUGAUGUAUUUCAACAAGCGCAAUUUUAAGCCCACUGCCGAUGAUGCUGAGGAUGAUGAUAUGUUGGAGGGUUUGAGCAAGACUCAGAAACGUUCUCUUCAAAAAGGUGCAGGUGUAAGAGGCAUGUCGGCUUCUAAACUACAGAAGCAAUCUCAACAAUUAUUGAAGCCUUGCCUUUACAAAAAACGAUAG